AUGCUGCCCCGACCUUUGGUUGGACUCGGACCAUCGAUACGAGCGAAUGUACGACCCAUCCUUCCGAUCAAGAGACGCGCAUUCCCCAUCCUCCUUCCCGGCCCAUCGCUCGUCGCCUCGAGAGCCUUCUCAUUAUGGCCUUCCCAAAGCCAUGCAACACCAUCUUCGCUCCCUAUCGAGACAAUACCCUCCCCACCACCACCACCGCGGCCCCCCACCAUGUCCGAGCUGUCGAUGCCGUCCUCCCUCCCCGACCCAACCCUAUGGGAACCCCUAUCGACCCUCCUCGUCUCCCUCCCCGCGACACUCCACCUCACCUGGCCCCUCUUCAUCCCCCUCCUCACCCUCCUCAUCCGUUCCUCCUCCAUGGUCCCUCUUCAACUCUGGCAACGGAGGCAAAUGCGACGAUUUGCGACCGUCAUAAGGCCGAGGUUGAAGGGCGUGCACGAGAGGUUGGCAUUGGGGUUGCGGGAUAGCUCCAGGAGGAAGGGACUGAGUUAUGAGCAGUAUGAACAGGAGUAUAAAAAAGCGGUGAGUCGAUUGAGCCUAUGCAACGCAAUUUUCCCAGCUGAUCCCAUGGAUUUUUUUUCGUUCUUCUUGCCCCAGUCCAAAGAAGCGACCCAUCAAAUGUACCGCUCCUAUGGCUUCCACCCUCGACUAACGAUGUACAUCGGACCCCUCGUCAACAUACCCUUAUUCAUCUUCAUAUCCCUCAUCCUCCGGGACGCAUGCCAACGCGCUCUCCUCGUCCUUCCCUUUUCCCCCGCCCAUCUCCCACUUCCCUCCUCCGCAACCCUCACCCCAGAAAUUCUGUCAAACCUCCAAGACUUGGCCACCAGUUCGUUCCUGUGGUGUCCCAGUCUCUGUCUACCCGAUUCAACCAUGUUCGUACCCCUCAUGGUCGGAUUAGCGACCUUGCUCAAUACGGAGGUGUCGGCCAAGAUGAGGAGGGCGGUGAUGAGGGCUGGGAAAGAGGUGGAUAGGAUUGAGGAUGGCAGGAUCGCGGGGAAUGCGGUCUUGGGGGUGAGGGUGGGUCAGGUCGGUGCGUUGGGGACGAGGGGUUUGACAGCGGCGGAGAAGAGACGCGUCACGGUGAUCAAUUCGAGGAGGGAAGGGAAUGAUCGAACGAGGGGGUUGACGACCCAGGUUCGAACGACGAACGGGCCGAAGGAACAGGUGCAAGAGGUGGUGGACGGAGAGGAUGAGGAAGAACCGAGAAACUCGAGGAUCAUUACCAAUGCGAUGAGGUGUGCUUCGGUCGCUUUCAUCCCUAUCGCCGCGAUGGCACCUGUGGUACGUAGCCCCCAAGCUUACUCGCUUGCCAGGAGGGAGGGAUCCGCGAAAGCUGACUCUCUCCUUAUGCGAUGGUAUGGACGCACCCAGGCCGUCUGCCUCUACUGGCUCACAUCGAACUGUUUGACCCUGUUGACGAAUCUCACGUUUGCUUACUACGAUCGGACAAGGGAAAGGAAGGAGAGGCUCGACAAGAUUCUGAGGAGGUGA